GGACAGGCAAUCGUCUGUGUUUAGUUAUCCAGUGAACUUCUUCAGAUUAUCUUGUUAUGUUUCGAUAAUCAUAUUUUUUUAAAAUGAUAAUAAAAAUAGUAUUAAUUAGUUUUUUACUUAUUACAAAUUCGUAUUGUUCAGAAGACAAUAGAAAUGAAGAAGAAAAAGAUAAUGAAGAAAUUGUUAAGGCAGAAGUUAGAAUAGGUGCUCUAUUUGACAAAGAAGAUGAAACUCUCAUCAAAGCAUUCACUUCUGCUGUGGAAUUGGUUAACAGUGAUGAAGAAUUGCUUCCCAACAUGACAUUAGUGCCAAUAACAUAUACAGGUAUUCCAGAGUACGACAGUUUGGAAGUUGGAAAGAAAGUUUGUGAGCUGAUGAGUAAUGGUGUGGCUGCUAUUUUUGGGCCCCAGUCCCCAUUCACUUCCUACCACGUUCAGUCACUCUGUGAUACAAUGGAGAUGCCUCAUCUUUCUACAAAGUGGGAUCUUAGCCAAAGAAGAAGUUCCUGCUUACUCAACAUUUAUCCACACCCAUCAUCGUUAACACAGGCCAUUACUGAUAUUGUGACAGCCUGGAAUUGGAAGGGUUUUACAGUACUUUAUGAUGAUUUUGAUGCUCUCAGAAAGAUUCAGGGUAUUAUUAAAUUAGCUGACGACAAAGGAUAUUUGGUGACUGUCAGACAGUUAGAAUCAGAAGAUGACAAUUAUAGGGCUGUGCUAAAAGAAAUAAAACAUUCCGAUGAAACAAACAUUGUGAUUGAAUGUGCUGUUGAAAAACUUUAUAAUCUUCUGAUCCAGGCACAACAAGUUGGUCUCAUGGGUAGUCGCUACAAUUAUAUUAUCACUACUUUGGAUUUUCAAACAAUAAAUCAUGAACCAUUUAUGUGGGGAGGAACAAAUAUAACUGGAAUUAGAUUGGUAGAUCCAGAUGAUCCUUAUGUGAGAAAUGCAACUCAAAUAGAAGAGCGUGGGGAAGAGGGUGCUAUGGAAUCAACGACAACCAGUUUAGAUGACGUACCGACAACUGAGCCACCUAUAGAAGAAGAGGAAGAGGAAUCAUCCUCAAUACCAACAGUGGAAGCAGCUUUGUUACAUGAUGCGGUUAGGCUUUUUGUAAAAGCACUUCAACAUUUGAGUCCUCUAAACAUAAAACCUUUAGAAUGUGGUCCUCACUCAAGUUUGGAUUUCGGUUACACUGUUAUAAACUAUAUGAGGCUUAGUGAAAUAAAAGGGAUGACCGGAGUUAUUAAAUUUAAUCAUGAAGGGUUCAGAACUGACAUACAGCUUGAUGUAAUCUCUCUAACAGAAGAAGGCUUGAAGAAGACAGGGACGUGGAACACAACUACAGGAUUAGUGAUGGAGCCUCCUGAUAUUAGUGAAGGCCUGGUGGUUGACGCUGGUGAAGACCUAAGAAAUAAAUCGUUCAUUGUUAUCAUAGCAUUAACAAAGCCAUAUAACAUGCUGAAAGAGGAUAGUAAAACUCUUACUGGGAAUGAUAGAUAUGAAGGCUUUGGCGUUGACUUGAUCCAUGAACUGUCUCUCAUGUCUGGUUUCAACUACACUUUUGUGGAACAGUACGACAAGAAUAGCGGAAGCCCAUCAACCCUGGCAAAUGGAACAAGGAUCUGGAGUGGAAUGAUUGGAGAAGUACAGGCAGGGAGAGCAGACUUGGCCAUUGCUGAUAUCACUAUAACAAGAGAGAGAGAAAGGGAUGUUGACUUCACACAUCCAUUCAUGAAUCUCGGAAUAAGCAUCUUGCAUAGAAAGCCAUCAAAAGCACCCCCUGAUCUGUUUUCAUUUCUUUCACCCUUCAGUAAUGAUGUCUGGGGAUGUAUGUUGGGUGCAUAUUUUGGUGUGUCAUUACUAUUGUUUGUUAUGGCAAGGCUGAGUCCUUAUGAAUGGACCAAUCCAUAUCCAUGUAUCGAGGAACCGGAACAUUUAGAGAACCAAUUCAGUCUUUUGAAUUCUUUAUGGUUUACAUUGGGUUCAGUGAUGCAGCAGGGUUCUGAUGUUGCCCCCAUAUCUGUUUCAACAAGGAUGGUUGCUUCAAUCUGGUGGUUUUUCACACUUAUUAUGGUUUCAUCAUACACUGCCAAUUUAGCAGCCUUUUUGACUGUAGAAAACAAUGUUUCACCCUUCAGUGAUGUUAAAGAAUUGGCUCAACAGACUGAUAUAAAAUAUGGAGCAAAAAAGGAAGGAGCAACAGCUAAUUUUUUCAGGGAUUCUAAAGAAGAGAUAUAUCAAAAAAUAUACAAAUUUAUGAUGGAUAAUCCAGAUUGUAUGAUGCCGAACAAUGACGUUGGUGUAAAUAGAGUUGUUAGCGAAGAUAAAUAUGCUUUCUUCAUGGAAUCAGCCAGUAUUGAGUAUGAAGUUCAAAGGAAAUGUCAGCUAGCAAUGGUUGGAGAUUCACUAGAUAGUAAAGGAUACGGUAUAGUCAUGCGUCAAAAUUCUUCAUACAGAAAUGCACUUAACAAGAAUGUUGUUAGACUUCAAGAGAAUGGAAAAUUGACGCAAUUAAAAGAUAAAUGGUGGAAAGAAAAGAGAGGAGGAGGUGCUUGCACGAGUGGAACUGAAGAGGGAGAAGCUAGUGAAUUGAACCUGAACAAUGUGGGUGGUGUGUUUGUUGUUCUGGUAGCAGGCUGCUUGAUCGGUGUACUCCUUUCCUUCUGCGAAGUUUUGUGGGAUAUUUCCCAGAGGGAUGAAAAGAUAUCAUUCAAACAUGAGCUAAUGGAAGAAAUUAAAUUCAUAAUUAAAUGCAAAGGAACUGUGAAACCUGUUAGAAAGAAUAGUUUGACUUUUGCAAAUUGUAAUAAUUUAUCAAAAAGUAGCAGCAAAAGCAGCAGUACUAGUAAACGAUCCAGCAAAAAUUCAUUCUCUUUCAGGUUACCAUAAACCUAAUUUUUGUACAAUCACGUUUUCUAUAAAUGAUAAGAUUAUAUCAUAAAAAAAAAAGUUUCUUAAUAAAUAUUGAUUAUUUUUACAGCAAUAUUUGUAGUUAAUUGCAGUAUUGUAUUCAUAUCUUUCUUUAUCAAUGUCACUGAUUUUCUGCAAUCCCUUUCAUUUAAUUUUUUUUACAUUAACAUCACAUUUAAUUUUAUUGAUAAUAAAAAUUUCAACUACUUUCAAUAGUUUAGACUUACUUUAGACUUUAAAGAAUGAUAACAUGUACAAAUUUUAAAACUAAAAAAAAAAAAAAAAAUGAAAUUGGUCAAAUUAAUCUUCUUUCUUUACUAGCUGAGUAAAACAAAAUAAUUAUGUUAAUUAAAUGCAUAUUUUAAAUGUGUAUUGUGAAAAUAUUUGCUUGAUGUUUAUUAAUCCUAUACCUGUUUAAAGUGUAGUUGGUUUGAAAAAUUGUAAAGUUGACCAAUUAUCUAUCUUUGUUAUUAAAAAACAAAUUCAUACUUUUUUAAAAAAAUGGCUACUUUAAAUAAAAGUAAAAGUAGCCAUUCCAUGGGUCAUUGCCAAGUGGAAAUAUAAUAUAAAAAUACAACAGUGUAACAUGCUACAAAAAAAUAAAAUAAAACA